AUGGCCAACGUGUAUAACAGUCAACUUGAUGCGUUUGAAAUCUACCACCAGGUCCAAGAGGAGAACGACCGAUCGCGGGCUCCAACAGGGAAGGCUCCUCUUCUCGAAGCCCUUGGGCAUGCCGUCGCUGGAUCUGCCGGUGCAGCCAUUUCCAGCGCGGCGCUCUAUCCGAUCGACUUGAUCAUAACGCGACUCCAAAUCCAACGCCAGUUGCGAAAAGACCAGUCACAGCCCGCCGCGGACGAAUACAAGAGCUUUGCGGAUGCGGUUGAGAAGAUCUACAACAAUGAAGGCGGUGUAGCUGGACUCUACACGGGGCUUUUGCAGGCCACGGGCAAGACCAUCGCCGACUCGUUCAUCUUCUUCCUCACCUACAGUUUCCUCCGCGAUAGGAGGUUGGCUGUGCGCGGAAAUGCCAAGUCACUGCCUACCAUUGAGGAGUUGGGCGUAGGGUUUGUCGCGGGCAGCUUGACCAAGCUCGCCACGGCGCCUAUCGCAAACAUUGUCACGAGAAAACAGGCGGCGGCCCUGCUUGCGGCCCGGGAUCCGGAUAGAGGUCCAUUUCAGGUUCCAAGUGCGCAACAGAUCGCGAGGGACAUAUACGACGAGAAGGGCCUCGCUGGCUUCUGGUCGGGGUACUCUGCUUCUCUGGUCUUGACCCUCAACCCUUCCAUCACCUUUUGUCUCUUUGAAACCUUGAAGAAGGUGUUCCUGCCGCAUCAUCGGAGAGCACAUCCUCCGGCGUCAGUGACGUUCUUCCUGUCCGCUUUCAGCAAAGCGUGCGCAAGUUCCGUCACGUAUCCUUUCAGUCUGGCCAAGACGCGUCUCCAGGCUGGUACGAAGCGUGAAGAAAGUGAUGAACAGAAGGUGACGGGGGCAGACAUUGAAAGCGAAAGAACGAGAAAGGCAGCCCGUGCAACGAUCUUCAGUACCGUUAUGACCAUCGCCCAGACCGAGGGUGCCGGGGCUCUUUACGAGGGGCUGUAUGUCGAGAUUCUUCGGUCUUUCUUCAGCCACGGCAUCACCAUGUUGGUCAAGCAAGUGAUACAACGCUUCUUGGUGCGUGCGUAUUAUAUCUCCUCCAUCAUCCUCGGGAGAUACAAGCGGAAAGCGAGUUCGAAGCGGCUGGCCCAACGGGCCAAAUCGAGCGUCGAAUAUUACAACCUCGCAAUGGCGCGUGCGAGCGAGAAACUCGACGAGGCUACGCAGGCCGUCAAAGGAAGGGCCAAUGAAACAGCCGAAUUUGUAAGCGAGUGCGUCGAGGAAGAGGCAGGCGAAUGGCGUGAACUCUAUGGGACAACAGGACUGGCCAAGUGGCUCGACAGUGAACGCCACUAG